GGGGGUGACGAAGAGCACCUAAUAUUUAAGAGGUUGCAGGAAUGGGCUGAGAGUGGCUUUUGGUUCCUUCACAGACCGGCAGCUUCUGGGUAUAGCAAGGGCACCACCCUGAAGUAAGUAGAGAGCGUGACACCCUCCCAUACACACACACAGCUCAGACUCCACCAUGUGCUACGGCAGAUGUGCUCGCUGCAUUGGGCAUGCCCUGCUGUGGCUGGCCAUCUUCUGCAUCGUGGCCAACAUCCUGCUCUACUUUCCCAAUGGGGAAACGAAGUACGCCUCGGAACACCACCUCAGCCACUUCGUGUGGUUCUUCUCAGGCAUCGUGGGAGGGGGCUUGCUGAUGUUCGUGCCUGCCUUCGUCUUCAUGAAGCUGGACGAGGAGGACUGCUGUGGCUGCUGUGGCAGAGAGGACUACGGCAAGAGCUGUGCGAUGCUUUCGUCAGUCUUGGCUGCACUCAUUGGAAUCACAGGAUCUGGCUACUGUGUCAUCGUGGCUGCCCUGGGCUUGGCGGAAGGACCCAAAUGCAUGGAUUCCCAGGGCCAGUGGAACUACACCCUGGCCCACACAGAGGGACAGUACCUUCUGGAUAAAUCCACGUGGUCCUCUUGUGUUGAGCCCAAGCACAUCGUGGAGUGGAAUGUCUCUCUGUUUUCUAUCCUUCUGGGGCUUGGUGCAAUUGAAUUCAUCUUGUGUCUCAUUCAAGUAAUCAACGGAGUGCUUGGGGGCAUAUGUGGCUUUUGCUGCUCCCGCCAACAGCAAUAUGACUGCUGAAAGAACCACCCCAAGACCAGAAGCAUAGUCUUCCUCUAUGCCACUCUAAUUUAUAUAUUUUACUUGUAUUGAUUUGUAAAACUUUGUACUCGUGUAUAAUACUCUGCAUAGUCUACUUUUAUAAAUGUGUUUAAAGACUGGCAUUUUUCUAUAACUGUUUCUACUUAGCAAACUUCUUUUUUGUUUCUUUUUUUUAAGGAAGGAGAGGAUUAACCAUGUUGUGGAGGUAUAUCUACAGUCACAACAUAUCUUGGGUUAAACUCUAGUUUAGAUUAAUGUUUUAAAGAAAUAUUACAAAGUUGGGGCCGGGUGGUAGCACAUCUGGUUGAGAGCACAUAUUACAGUGCACAACUACCCAGGUUCAAGCCCCCGGUCCCCACCUGCAGGGGGGAAAUCUUUGCAAGUAAUGAAGCAGGUUUGCAGGUGUCUCUCUGUCUCUCUCCCUCGCUAUCUCUCUUCCUCUUUUCAAUUUCUGGCUAUCUCUAUCCAAUAAAUAAAUAAAGAUAAUAAAAAAUUAAAUAAAAAGAAAUAUUACAAAGUUAAAGACCAGGGCCAGGUGGUGGUGUACCUGGUUCAGCGCAUAGGUUCCAAUGCACAAGGGCCCAUGUUUGCAUCCCCAGGUCCCCACCUGCAAGGGGAAAACUUUGCGAUUGGUGAAUGUUGCAGGUGUCUCUCUGUCUCUCUCCCUCUCUCUCACCUCUUCCCCUUUCAAUUUCUGGCUGUCUCUAUCCAAUAAACAAAUAAAGAUAAAAAAUAGAAAGGAAAAUGUCUUUUAAAAAGUUAGAGACCACAUUUCAAAUCACCAUUGUAUAUAGAUGUGUAUGUGUGUAUAUGAAAUGGAAGAUUCCUCUUGGCUUUUUUUAAGACCAAGAAGGAGAAAAAUCCAAAUAGCUUGAAAAGAUGUUUUCUUUCACUGCUUAUAUGGUGUUUCCCAUUCGUCGGGAUGCAAAUCUCCAACAAGAGGCUCUUGGAACUGUGUCCUGUUCUGUGAAUCAGAUACUUGGCCUGGGCGGGCAGUGCAUUGCCAUGUUUUCACGCAGAUGAAUGAGUCAAAACUUGGGUGUUUGCUGUUGGCUAUGAGUCCUACCAGAGCUUAAGCCUUCCUGACAUGUAGAAAGCUUUUUCUUCAUCAAUGACAAGCAGGAAGGUUCAUGGUCUUAAGAAGGGAAGGGCCUGCAUAAUCCUGCAAGGAAAAAAGUGAGAAACGGAAUAAAGCAGUUGAGCAGCUUCGUGGAGAAGGUGGGGAGGAGGGCAGUGACAUCUGGAAGUGCCCCCCAAACUUGCCUGUUAAUUACAACACAAUAAAGUAUUCACUACCA